GAAAGUGGACGACGGAGACGCAGGGGAAGAGGACAACGGAUGCGUCGACUGAGCGCACGCCGACAUGGGGUCCACACGCCGACAGGGUCGGCGGAUUUAUACAAAUCAUCGCAAGAGACAAGGGGUUGGCAUUUGUGGGACGACACCUUUGGCUCAAGCCGUUCUGGCCCAAGGCUUCACUUGCGCGCUGGCUUCAGCUCCCCUCCCGGUGUCGGCUUCCCGCCCAGGUGGUCCGAAGAUGCUGGUGGUUGCCGCAGCAUUUCUUGCCGCGGCCUCUCUGGGGCUCGCUCGGGGGACCGGGCUCGUGUCCGCGUCGAGGAUCUGCGUCGAGAACCGCGGGACGUUUGAGCUGCUCUUCGAGAUGACAGACUCUGCGUAUGCUGACCGACCGAUCGGAUCUGGGACACGAUCGGCCUGGUACGCGGGGGGGGAGCAGUCGUGCCUGGACAUGUCGACGAUCCCCGACAUCGAGGAGGGGCACUUGGUGGUCACGUUCGUGUACGUCCAGCGGGGCACCUCCCCUUCGGCGGAGCUGCCGCCUGUGAUCUACAGCCUGGCGUCUGGCGGCGAAGGAGCGGCCGCCAGUUUCAUUUGCUCCGGCAAUGCUGAUUAUGACGUGGACUGCAAGCUCUCAGGAGGUGCCCGCCGGCUCCAGAACUUGAUUUGAUGAGAGUCGUGUUUUGAAGUUCCUGCUCGUCGCACAGUUGUCGCCACAGCGGCGCAGGAGCAUGACGUGGGUAGCACGUUCGCUCCAUCGAGCUCCCCAGGGGUGCUUCAGGCAGAGCGUCUCCCCGAGAUCUGCGGGCUCUGAACGUCAGCCCAAGGCGGGCCGCGCGAGCAGAAGCUGCAGUCAGACUGCUUGCGUAUGAGACUCCACUCCUGCCUGGCACGAAUUUGUGUUGGCUGCUUCUUGUGUGGGCCGUGCGCGCAGAAGGCUGCAAUCAGACCGCCUCGGACAUUGCGCUGCUGCCUCGCACGACUUUUUUUGUUGUUGGAUGCCUGUUGGCAGUAACUUACAGCUGCACGGCCUUUGCAUUACUCGUUCUGCUGGCGGGGCACGGCUUUGGCGUCGCAGGAGCAAGGGAAAAUAGCAAGCGAAUCGGGAGGUUAUAGACAAGGCGGGAG